AGUCCUAGAACACCGAGUGACUCCGUGACUCUGGUGAGGUGCGUGACAGCCGCUGCACGAUGAGUGACCCCGAGACGGAAUACCAAAAUGACCCCAGGACGGCUUGCAAAUAUGGUGAAUCGUGCUAUCAGAAGAACCCUCAGCACCACAGUCGAUUCAAGCACCCGCCCAAGAGGAAACUGGAAUGCACUGAAAGCGAAACGGAAGAUCUAGUUCCUAAAGGGAAGAAAUGCAAAACAGAUGAUAAUGAAGAAAAUGAUUCUGACUCGGGAGACAAUUUUGAAGUUCCUUCCAUUGACGAAGAUGAAAACAAAGCAAACACUAGCCAGCCAGAGGAAGAUGCAGCUGAAUCCCCUGUUCAUGAGUUGGAGGUAGCUGCUUCACCAGAAAAUGUUCGGGAGAGCAUUGAGCAGAAGUUUCUUAUGGAUAUGCCAGAUGAUUUCUUUGAUUUCUGGGACCUUUGCAAGACCCUUAACAAAGAAAAACCUGAAGAAGCAUUCAUCAAAGCUGACAUCACCCUGGUUGGCCCAUAUGACAUCCUCUCAGGCAAGCUGAAAAAUCUUAAGACCAGAAAAAUAUCAAGUUAUGUUUGUCACUGGCGGUAUUAUUAUGACCCACCUGAGUUCACAACUGUGAUAGCAGGAGGCAAAGAUGAAUAUCACAUUGGAUAUUAUCGAGAUGAUUGCUUCCUCUUGCCAGCUUUUGUUGGUUCAAUGUCCUCUGUCAAGCCUGGCAGUAUUACCCUAAUGGGAGGGAACAUAUUUAGUGCUGUCAGCAUAUAUCUGUCACAGAAGAUGAAGGCUGAGAACCCUUUCAAGAAAAUAACUCUGCAAAGGCUGCAACAAGAGGUAGACAGCUAUGCAAAGUCAAAGAAACAUUCACUGGAGCAGAGGCCAUCUUCUAUGCAAGAACGUUCAAAAAAGGUGGUCAGUAAGUGCUUUCAUGGGGCAGGCAUUGUGGUCCCAGUGCACAAUGAUGUUGGCUACAGGCCCAUCCCAGAAACAAAUGGUAAGCUGAAUCUUAAUAAUAGUCUGCUAAGCCAUUGCCCUUUUAUUUUUUCCAGGAUAUAUUGUUACUUAUUUGAAUAAGAAAAAUAUGGAUUCUGUUAUAAGCAACUGAACGAAAAAGUUAAGAUUCUAUUUAUUGCCUC